AUCAUAUCGAUCGGACGUGUUAACGCAUUGGGACAUUUUCACAUACAUUACAAGUAUGUUUGUUGUAACGUGCACGCACAUCUAGAUGAUUUGAAAAACAAAUAAGAAAAUCAAAUAUUUCUAUUGAAAUUUCGCAAUAAUUUCGUUUGGAAAAAUUUUGACUCAAUCGAAGCUUUAUAUUUCCUUGGUGCAAGAUCGUGUACACUUGCGAAAGUAAAAAAAAAUAUAUUUGUGUUUGAAAGUAAACUUCUUGGAUCAGUGAAUUUAGUGCGAAUUUUUCGGUGCGAAUGGAGAUAACGCGGUUUUGAAAUUUGUUAGUGAUAUUCGCAAUAUAAAAAGUUACAACGAAAACGCUAACGAAAUUCGUGUGCAGAAAGACCGAUUGCAGUUUUGCGUGCCAUACUGAGACAAACACAGCGACGCGCCCCUAUGUGUGCUGUCAACGCCGCCGUAAAGCAUACGGAUCGCAACAUAACGUGCUAAAGUGAGGUUUACGUGCGCGUCCAAACGCCCCUACCUCCCUGCGUCCUACCACUCAGUGCUCAUACAGCUGUGCUGCGAGUGAGCGUGUGUGUGUAUGUGUGUGUGUGAAGUGAUAGCUCAUACAUCACCGCAAACAAACCGACUGCUUUAAAGACAUACAAUCCAAAAGAAACACCGAAAUAGUCAAAGUAGCAUUACCGCUAGGUGCAAAGAUUUGUGAAACAAUAAAAACAACACACACGAAGCGACAUUACUUUGGUGCAGUAGAAGCAGCAACCGUGGCCGUAGUGGCAGUGUGCGCAUCUCGAUAUGGCGUACACACGACGACAACCUGCUCGAAAUGCUUUUACGGUUAAGCGAGCCUUAGUGAUAUUCUUGUGUGUGGCGCUAAAUGGCGCGCUGCUCGCCGAAGCACAACAACAUCGUGAACCCCGUUUGGGCUCCAAGUGUCAACAUGACAUGGAUUGCACGGACUUCAUCAAGGGCAGUGCCUGCUCAGCGAACGGCUAUUGCGAGUGCGCACCAUAUUAUGUACAAUACAACGGCACCAGCUGUCUGUCGUCGCAACUUCUGGGUGGUGACUGCGUGCUGAAUGAUCAGUGCACGAUGAAGGUGGCCAACAGCAGUUGUUUGGAUGGCGCUUGUCGUUGCGUCGAGGGUUUCCUGCAGUUCCGCAAACAUACCUGCCUUGGACCGGCUCUUCCCGGUUCCGUGUGCUACAGCCAUGCCCACUGUCAAAUGUUCGACUCUCGCUCCCAUUGCGAUUUCCUCAUACCAAAUCUCUUCGGUCGUUGCCAAUGCACUUCACCUGCCAAGCUUGUUGGCGGAUUUUGUGUGGACGGUAAUGCUGCAGUACCAACCGAAGCGGCAGCACCUAUUCCAACGUCAACAAGUACCACAACUACAACUACCACCACAACAACAACCACAGCUGCACCAGUAACCACAACAACUGCAGCGCCAGCGGCUGAACCAGUGCGGUACGACAGUGUGGAGGAACAAUCAACUUUCGAUGAUAUUGCGGAAUCUCCAGCUAAUUCUGAUGCCGAUAUGGAUUUGGCCACAACUACAGCACAACAGUUAUUAACACCUGCUGCAGCUGAAGAGCAAUCACAUGGAAUAGCGGCUGAUGAAGUAUUGCCACAAGAAACCACACCGAUCGUAGAUGAUUAUCCCUAUAAGAUCGAUGAUGAGUAUGAUGGUGAGGAUGUAGCAAAUCCAGAACAGCAGCUGCAACAAGUUGAAGCUAACGAACAACAGCCCCAACUUGAGGAAGAACAAGAAGAGCAUUUCCCAAUUAAUCAUGAGCCCACCGUAGACGAAGCACAUGUGGAAGAGGACUUACAACACCCAGAUCAUGUGAUGGAACAAAUUGAUGGAGAGACUGUUAAAGAAACAUCACAAGCCACACAACAAGAGCAGCAUCAUCAUAUAACGGAACCCCAUAUCGAAGCCGAUUUCGUAGAAACAAUGCCAGUAGAUGAAGCAUCCCAAGUUGCAGAGCAAGAGCUGCUGGAUCAAGUAGCAGAAGACCAUAAAGAGCAUGAGUUAGAAGAAGCUGCGCCUGUUGAAGAACAAGAUCAACUAGAGAGCGAAGAUCAUAAGGAAUCAAACUAUGUGGAAAUUGAGCCAAUCAAAACAGUGCCUACCUUGGAAAAAGAAGAGCAGUUAGACCACAUACAAGAAGAUCACAAACAAUCAGAAUACGUAGAGGAAGAGCCAAUUAAAGAAACCCCACAUGUGGAACAACACGAAAUGAAUGCUGCGGCUGAAGUUCCAAAUGCUGCUGAUGAUACUAAUAUUGCUGAAGAACCAUAUGUUGCUGAGACUUCCUUUGACAAUGUGGGUAUUACUUCUCAUCCUUCAAAUGAACUUCAGUUGGAAACAGAACCUGCAAGAGAUGAACAACAACAAGAUAUGGAAACGGAACAUAUUAUUGAAGAAGAAGAAGAGAAUGUAGCUGAACAAGUCGUAGAAGACAAUAAACAAAAUAACGAAACUCCACAAUUCCUCAACGAACAUGAAUAUGAUAUAGAACAGCAUACAACUGCCAUACCAGAAGAGAGCAACGACGAAUCGGUACAGAAUGUAAAGACAGAGCAGCCAAGCAUUGAUACAAUACCUGUGGUGCAAGAUCAAGAAAUAGAACAAGCUGCCGGAGAAACCCACUUGGAUGAAACGGAACAUAUUGCCGAGGAAGUACCAGAAAGUACUCAACAAGACCAGCAAAACAAUGAAUCGUCUAAUGUUGUAGAGCCGGAACAGCUUGCCGAGGAAGUCGCAGAAUAUGUUCCACAGGAUCAUAAAAACAAUGAAGCAUCUAAUAUCGCUGAGGCAGAACAGCUUGCCGAGGAAGUCGCAGAAAAUGUUCCACAGGAACACCAAAACAAUGAAGCAUCUAAUGUCGCUGAGGUGGAACUCCAACCUGUGGAAGUGACAGCAAAUCUUCCACAGGAACUUGAUAAUACUGUUGCUGAAACGGCACACCAUGCCGACGAAGUGCCAGAUAGCAUUCCACAAGAAAACCAAAAUAUUGAAUCAACCAAUCUGAUUGAAACGGAACACGUUGCUGAGGAAGAACCGCAAAGCCUUCCACAAGAACUUCAACAGAAUGAAGCAUCUAAUGACGCCGAAGAAAAUAAAAAUCAGCAAAAACUAGAGUCAAACUUAGUACCGCAAGCCGAAGAGGAAAGUACAACUUCCGUUGAGGCACAACAACAAAAUCAAUAUUAUGCUGAUGAGUUGUCACCCGCCACAAUUGUGCCUCAUGAUGCCACCGAUGCGCCAAAUUCAAUGUCAUCGGAACAGCAGUAUGUUGAUUUUCAUCCUGAAAUGGAGAUGUACGAAGAUGUGGAGCACGAAGAAGAGCAUGCCGCAGAUAUUGCUGACGAUACGAUGAAAUUCGAUUAUGAGACAGCACAGGAUGAAUUCAAUCAGGAAAAUACUGAAGCUAGCAAUGUAGAUGAAGCCUAUGCAGCUACUGACUAUCCAAAUGGCGCUCAAGAAUCUGACAAAGCCCCUGCUGCUUCGUCCAUGACAUCGGAAUUCGAUUUGCAGCCUCAAGCGCCAUUGCUUGCUGAGCAUGAAAACCAACACGAAACAGAGGAAUUCAGCCAACAGCAUUUAGAAGAAAACAAAGUUGUCGAAGCACAUGAAACUGAAAGUGAAGCACAACAGCCACCACAGGCAGAUGCCGUUACUUCACCUAUAGAAGCAGAGGAAAACGAAAAUGUGGAAAUUGAAAGUUUUACUGCCGCUAAUGACUUAAACGCAAUCAAUAUAGACGCUGAGUCGACACUUGCAGCAGAAGAACAUAACAACAACAACAAUGCUGAGCUUAGCGCUAACGUUGAUCAUGAUGAGUUGGAGGAACAACCAGCCGCAAUAACGGAACAAAUUGCACCAGAAAUUCAAGCGGAGAACCUACUUAUACCGGAAGAUUUAUUAGCUGAACCCAGCACUGAUGAGGAAAUUGUAAAGGUACCACAACUGCCAUCAAGUGAUGUUAUUGCAGAAGAAAAUUUAGAACAAACUAAUAAGAACCAAGAAGAGGACGAAGAUGACGAGAACGUUAUCGGUUCAAAUGGUGUUGUAACUGAGGAAAUUAUUUCACUCGAUCAUGAAGGAGCUGCUAGUGAAUUAGUCCAACAAGUUGCCGACGAUGUGGAAAUUACUAAUGCUCAUAAAUAUUACCCUCAUCAAACUGCUGUAACGCCACUAUCCGACGAGCAACUUACUUCGGGCAAUGAAGAAAUUUCGAGUUUACCGCUUGCGGCAGAGGAGACAGUUGCGCAAAACGAAAAUGAGGCAAAUGCUAAUGAUCAAAAUGAUAAGCUGAUUAUAGAGGAAGCGGACAUUAUUGGAGAUGUAGAUGACGCUGUAGCGACGACCCAACUACCGCUGAUUCAAGAGAACGUUGUUGAAGCUGAAGAACAUAAUGAAAUUGUUCCGUCCGCUGAACUCAACAUAGACAACGAAAUGGCUGAGAGCGAAACUCACACGGAGCGUUACGUUUUGGAAGAUGCUAAUGAAUUAGGAAUAAAUAAAGUUGAAGUAAAGCCUGCUGAGCAAGACUUAGAGAAUACAGUCACAGCAAACGUACCCGAGGCUCCUUUAGAAGCUGAUAAUGUACAUGAACAUUUAAGUGUUGUAGAAAAUGCAGAUUUGACUGAGCAAACCCAAUUCACAGAGCAAACGACACCAGAGAGCACUGCUACUGUAAUGCAAGAAAGCACUUUUGAGGACAAUAAGGCUGUUGAAGAACCAAAUAAAUUUGAUCAAAUUACAAAUGCUGAUGAAACUAUACCACUGGAACAACUCAGCCAUACUUCCUUUGAGCAUAUCAACCCGAUAGAAGCAGACAAUUCUAUUGGUUCAAUUGAAGAAGCGGCAAAUCUCUCAGAAACCUCAUUAGAAUUAGCGCUGAAUGAAAAUGCUGAAAAGGAAAUCGUGACUUCGUUACCCGAAGUUGACUAUGCACAAAUUGACAGCUUCGAAAUGCUGAAUAAUGCCCAAAAUGAGCACACUGGUGAACUGUUGGAACACAUUGAUGAACAAACUGAAACGAAUUUGAUCGACUUUAAUGAACAAGAUGAAUCGCUACCACAAACGAUUACACAUACUGAUGUUUAUAAUGAAUCAUUUGAGGAACACGAAUCGAUUGCUGAUAUACUAAGUGAUCUUAUGGCAGAGGACAUAACUACAGCGACGCCAUUAGAAGCCGUAACAGAAGUAGAAGGUGUAAUAUCUCAGGAAGAUACCAACGGUAAUGCAAACGAAAGCCCCAACGCACUGCCGGACGGAAAUGUAGUACAUGGAUCCGACGUAAGUGCAGCUGACACGAAUAUUGUUGGAGAAAAGCCAGCAAUGCCGCCUCAGACUGAGACGACGGAGACACAUGAGGCACAAGACGAAAAAUUAAUAGCAUUCUACCCCGAAGCGCAAGACCUGAGUGUGCAAGCAAGCAAUGAUAUUGAAGCGCCACAAGAAUCAGCAUCCGCAACACAUUUGACUGAAUUGCCCGCCGAAAGCAGCACCAAUGCACAAAAUAUCGAGGAAAUCGACCACACAUUAUCACCUGAAGAGUUGCCAUUCGACUUAACCUCCAUUGACGAUUUACAACCGCAAGAAUUGGAGUCCGAUAGUUUAAUAUUGGAAACUACUAUUGCUCCAAAAGUGAUUUCCAACGUGGAAGAAGAAGAAGCAUCUGGUGACGGUGCACAAGAAAUCCGCAAUGAGGAAGCAACCGCGACACCUGGUGAUAUCGUCGAAAUUACCACACAGACUAUGUUGGGCUUGGCCAGUCGGGUAACGCUAAUGGAACCAGCUGCGCCAAUCGUGACAACACUCAAACCACUGAUGGCAGAAGUAACACCUGAGAGUGAGGCAACACCAGAGCCAGUAAAAGAACUACCAGGCACAGAGAAUAUCUUGAGUGUUAAACCAAAUACAGAAAUUCGUAAGCGUGUUGAACUGGGCACCGAAGCCGUUUCGCUCGGUCUGAGCUGCAUGAACGACAGACAAUGUCAACUGGCUGACCCCAACACGGUUUGUAACACGCGUGGCGUAUGCGACUGCGCAUUGAGCGAAACAACAGCGGAAACGCAAUGCAGCGCACAGCGUACUGGUUGCGCCCCAGGUACCUUCCAGUGCCGUUCCAGCGGCGUUUGUAUCUCAUGGUUCUUUGUAUGCGACGGCCGUCCAGACUGCAACGACGACUCGGAUGAGGAGUGCACAUUCAAUGCGCGUCUGAAUCAAACCUGCCCACAGGAAGCGUUCCAAUGCGAGCGUAGUGGCCGUUGCAUUUCGCGUGCCGCGCGCUGUGAUGGACGCAAACAAUGCCCACAUGGCGAGGAUGAGUUGGGUUGCAAUGCUGUGAAAGCUGGCGCAUGUCCGCCACAUACCUUCCGUUGCAAGAGCGGUGAAUGUUUGCCCGAAUAUGAGUACUGUAAUGCGAUUAUCUCCUGUCGCGAUGGCAGUGAUGAGCCACCUCAUUUAUGUGGCUCGCGUUCGAUGCCGACUUUCUUCCUGCGUCUGAUGAAUGCCGGUGGUCUGCUGGAGAACGAAGAUGCCUACUGUCCGCAUCGUUGCAGCAAUGGACGUUGCCGCUCGACUGCGAUCGUUUGUUCGGGUCGCGAUGGUUGUGGUGAUGGCACCGAUGAGCAGACUUGCUCCGUUUGCAGAUGUCCUGCGCCCAAUAGCAACAGUUUGCCUAACUACCUUGCCCGACAUCGCCCAAUGCCAUUGUGGUAGGCUAGCGCCACCAUCGACAUGCCUUCUACCAUAGCAUGUGUGACUGGAAACCUAAAUUAGUUUGGGGAAAAUGUGACACAUUUUCAUUGUAUGAGCUGACCCGCAUGGAGCUUGGCAUCAAAUUUUACCUUCGCUUUUACCACAAGCAUGUAUCCAUAUGUAUCAAAGGCUAUUUUGAUAUUCCAUGCGCCUGAAAUUAGUUGAUAAGUUUAUUUAUUCUAUGCAUAAAACUAUGUCUUAUCAUUAUAACUAAAUACUUCGAAGCAAUUGCCGCCUUGCUGGCGAGGGACAACGAUUAUAAAGUGGCAAGCCAUAGAUUUGUAAUUUCGCACGUAAUAUUUUAUUUAUGACAGGAAAGCAAAUGAUUAUGAGCACGCGUGCAAAUUCUUUGACCCAGUGAUGUUGGCAAUUGCUCACACAAACAAACACCACCCCAACAAGAAUAACCAUUCACGACACUUUUAUUUAUUUAAAACUAUUUAUUCUCAUCUAUAAUUUAAUUUGUUUAAUUUUUUCAUUGGCCGCAUAAUGUUUAGUAUGUAGUAUUAAGUUAAAUCAUGAUAAAGCAGUUCGAAGAUUUUAACAAUUAUAAAAAAUUCAAAGUAAUCACUUUAAAUUUAUUAAUAUGAAACUAAAUGGAAUUAUUAGAAAUUAAAAAUAUUAAAACCAGACGAAUUAUUGUAUUAGUAAGACAGCUCCUUAUAUCGCCAAUUGAACAAAUUCAUAUCGACCAUGUAUAAAUAAUUUUUUUUUUAUAUAAUAGGGAUUGCCAUCAUCUAAAAUAACAAACGCAACAAUAUAACGGUUAAUGUACCAUUUUAAAUCACAAUAUUAUCGAUUCUCUUCUAACUACAUUUGAAGCUUGUUUACGUUUAAAAAUCCCUUAUUAAAAUAAAAAUCUUAAUUUGUAAAUACACUUGUAAGUAAAAAAUAUAAAUUCACUAAAAAACUGUUAAAGUGCUGACAAUACACACACGAAGACAUACAUGCAUAUACUAACAUACAUAUGUAUGUGUAGCCGCAUGUAAUAGUUACAUCUAAGUAUGAAAAAAACAAUAUAUUUAAUUUUUGAAACGUGCAUUUAGUAAACUGAGUUAUUUUACAGUUGCCAAGCAGCGGCCAAAACUGGUGAAAUUAAUUUAUGUAGUUAUGUAUUUAAAAUGGAGAGUGUUACACAUGGAAAGUUAGAUAAUAAAUACGAAUUGCAUUUAUUAAUAAUUAAAAUUAAAUAAAAAUUAAAACUUCAAAAAGUUUAA